AUGUUUUCACGCUUAAGAUUGCUAAGACCUCUGAUGCAGAUCUAUUAUCCCUUGUGGUCACAACACAGAGUAUCAUCCUCUCUCAUUAGUCGCAAGUAUGACGUUUCAUCCAUCCUUACCAAAUUACCCCCAGACUCAGAAGUCGCUUCGGAAGUGAUGAACUUCAUUAUGCAUGUAACGGUGGAUUUAAUGAAGACAAGAGCACAGGAUCUGAUGGGUUUAAUGGAGAGAAAAGAACGUGAGCAAAAGGAUUUAAUGGAGACAAGAGCACAGGAUCUGAUGGAUUUAAUGGAGAGAAAAGAACGUGAACAAAAGGAUUUAACGGAGAGAAAAGAACGUGAAAAAAUGGAUUUAAUGGAGAGAAAAGAACGUGAAAAAAUGGAACUAUCGAAAACUCUUACGAAUCUUGAGAAUGAUAUGAAAACCCGCACUGAACUUCUUUUACGAUCAAAAAGAAUGUGUAAUAUGAGAGGUGCUUUAGAGUUCAUCAGAUCAGAGAUUCGGUUAUGGAACAAGCCUAGCUCGUUUCGCGACCCUACGGACAAUGUUUUGAUGGAUCUGAUUCACGAUGCAACGUUUGUAUCAUAUUUAAAACAAACGUGCUUACUUAAUAAUACUCAAUACAAAGACGCUGAAAAAUGCAUGGGCGGUCUUUAUCACACUGUAUCAAAACGAUUUCAUGGUCAUGACAAUAACAUUGAAAUCGAUGCGCGAGACUGGAGUGUGAAUGAAGUAUUGUCGCUAGGCGGUCUUUUUAACUAUUUUAGGAUUCCGUAUGCGUAUUACAAUGAUCGGGGGGAAUUAGCUAGUUUCCCUUUCAAGUUAGCUGAACGUUCUUAG